CGCGAGCGCUGCUGCCGGCGGCCGAGAGCGGGAGGCGCGCGGGGCUCGGCGGCGCGCGGAGGUCCCCUCUGAGGCAGCUGGAGCUCAAGUCUCCCAUCUUGAGGAUUUGGCCAGCCAGAAGAGGAAGGGAGGAUGGCAUGGGGCUUACCCAGGCCUGAGCAGUGAGCCCAAGCUUUUUGGACCUGGAGCACCGACUGGGAGGCUGCGCCGCUGGAGUGACUCAGGAAGAAUUGAUGCUCUGGCCCCCAGCGACAUGUUCAUGGUGUAAUGACAGGGGAGGAGCAGCCUUGCUUGGCCACAGAGGAGGACAUUGCAGCCAGUCCUGAAGAGACCUGAUAAGCUAGGGAAAUGAGCAGGUUUGCAGAAAAACUGGUGGCCUGAAAUUGAAGCCUAAGGAGUCGGUGCUUGGCUCUGGCUGAGAACAUGGCCAAUGACAUUGAUGAGCUCAUAGGCAUCCCUUUCCCUAACCACAGCAGCGAGGUGCUGUGCAGCCUCAACGAGCAGCGGCACGCGGGGCUGCUGUGCGACGUGCUGCUGGUGGUUCAGGAGCAGGAGUACCGGACCCACCGCUCCGUGCUGGCGGCCUGCAGCAAGUACUUCAAGAAGCUCUUCACGGCUGGUAGCCUGGCCAGCCAGCCCUAUGUCUACGAGAUCGACUUUGUCCAGCCUGAGGCUCUGGCUGCCAUCCUGGAGUUCGCAUAUACCUCCACCCUCACCAUCACCGCCUCCAACGUCAAGCACAUCCUCAACGCCGCCAGGCUGCUGGAGAUCCAGUGCAUCGUGAAUGUGUGCCUGGAGAUCAUGGAGCCCGGGGGCAACGGCGGCGAGGAGGACGACAAGGAGGACGACGACGAUGAUGAAGAUGACGAGGAGGAGGAGGAUGAGGAGGAGGAGGAAGAGGAGGAAGAGGAAGAAGAGGAUGACACAGAGGACUUUGCUGACCAGGAGAACCUGCCUGACCCCCAGGACAUCAACUGUCCCCAAAGCCCCUCCAAGACGGACCAUCUCACAGAGAAGGCCUUUUCAGACACACCCAGGGACUUUCCUGACUCCUUUCAGCCUGGCAGCCCUGGCCACCUGGGAGUGAUCCGAGACUUCUCCAUUGAAUCUCUGCUGAGGGAGAACUUGUACCCCAAAGCCAACAUCCCUGACAGAAGGCCCUCCUUAUCUCCAUUCACCCCAGAAUUCUUCCCACACCUCUGGCCAGGUGACUUUGGUGCCUUUGCCCAGCUGCCUGAGCAGCCCAUGGACAGUGGGCCACUGGAUCUAGUCAUCAAGGACCGAAAAAUCAAGGAGGAGGAGAAAGAGGAACUGGCCCCGCCCCCACCCCCUCCCUUCCCUAGCGACUUCUUCAAGGACAUGUUUCCUGACCUGCCUGGGGGGCCACUGGGCCCCAUCAAGGCGGAGAACGACUAUGGUGCCUAUCUCAACUUCCUGAGUGCCACCCACCUGGGGAGCCUCUUCCCAGCCUGGCCGCUGGUGGAGGAGCGCAAGCUGAAGCCCAAGGCCUCUCAGCAGUGCCCCAUCUGCCACAAGGUCAUCAUGGGAGCUGGGAAGCUGCCUCGGCACAUGAGGACGCACACCGGGGAGAAGCCGUACAUGUGCAGCAUCUGCGAGGUCCGCUUCACCAGGCAGGACAAACUGAAGAUCCACAUGCGGAAGCACACGGGGGAGCGGCCCUACCUGUGCAUUCACUGCAACGCCAAGUUCGUGCACAACUACGACCUCAAGAACCACAUGCGCAUCCACACGGGCGUGCGGCCCUACCAGUGCGAGUUCUGCUACAAGAGCUUCACGCGCUCCGACCACCUGCACCGCCACAUCAAGCGGCAAAGCUGCCGCAUGGCGCGACCCCGGCGCGGCCGCAAGCCCGCCGCCUGGAGGGCUGCCAGCCUGCUCUUCGGCCCAAGCGGCCCCGCAGCCGACAAGGCAGCCUUCGUGAUGCCACCCGCGCUGGGCGACGUGGGCGGCCACCUGGGCGGCGCGGCCGUGUGCCUCCCGGGCCCCAGCCCCGCUAAGCACUUCCUGGCGGCACCCAAGGGCGCCCUGAGCCUGCAGGAGUUGGAGCGGCAGUUCGAGGAGACGCAGAUGAAGCUGUUCGGACGCGCGCAGCUGGAGGCCGAGAGGAACGCGGGUGGCCUCCUGGCCCUGGCGCUGGCCGAGAACGUGGCCACCACGCGCCCCUACUUCCCGCUGCCCGACCCCUGGGCGGCCGGCCUGGCUGGCCUCCCGGGGCUCACCGGCCUCAACCACGUGGCCUCCAUGUCUGAAGCCAACAACUAGGCUGGCCCUGGUCCACCCCACUCCCAAACCCUGUCUUAAGUCCCUCUAAAGCCUGCCCUGCCCACCCAGUGGAUCUGAACUUUCUAGUUUGCAAACACAAAGGGAAAAUGAGAAGAUACGCUUUAGCUGAGAUGCUAUUCUCCUGGCCUUCGAGGGCAGCGUCUCCCCUUUGCUAGUGUCUGACCUGGACAUCUCUCCCCUAAGGGUUGGAAGUCCCCAGCUCUCCCUGGCUGUCUCUGAUUCACUUAGAAACACACAGGGCACCAUGUCUCAGAAAGCUCGGCGCUGGUGCCAGGAGCAUUGUGCCGGGGUAUGGGGCUGGGAGGAGGGAGCAGUCUGACCAGAGAGUUAUCGGAGGAGCCAGCAUGAGGACUGUGUCCUGACCAGGCACCUUGGUUGAGACAUGCUACCCUAUGGGGGAGGCCCUCCCAGCACUACUUUCGGAAUCAGGUUCCAGCGCAGAAGUCCCAGAUCCAAUUGAGCAAUGCAAACGGGCCAUGGGGAAAGACAGUCCCUACUGGGCAGACAGGCUUCCUGCAGCUAGGAGCCGGCAUGGAGUGAGCCUGUUUUAUAUUGGCUUGACCUGUGACCUUAGGCAGGUCAACCCUUAGGUGCCUCAGAGUCACCCUGCUGUGAAAGGGGGUGGUAACUUUUAUUCUCCUCCCCCUCGUACCUCCAGGUGGACAUCAGUGUUAGCCCCCGUGAGACAUGGCAGAACUAGACAGGGGUGACAGGGCGAAAGAGAUAAGCUGGGCUUCAUGGCUUUCAAUACCCGACCGUAGCCAGCUCCAAGCAUGGCAAAUUCUGCCCCACUUCCUGGCAGGCCACUGUCCUAUCUGGACACCCAUGGGAACAGCAGUCAGCACUGGCCCAUCCCACAUGCCCUCUCGAGUCCAGUCUCCUUGAGCUGACACUCAGGGGAUGGGAUCUAACAGACGCUACCUGUCCGCCUCCCCCACCCUGGAAGCGUCACAGCAGCUAGCACCCACCCAGGGCUCCUCUGUUUGCUUCUUGAGUGGGGGUUUCUCCAGGCUCGGGCUUUGCUGGAGACACCCUUCUGUUGUGUGUGAGCCCCUGCUCCCCCUUUCCAUAUCUGACCAAAGGGCUCCAGUGCCGGGAGGUGGAAUCCCUCAGGUUGUGGUGAGCUCUAUGCAGCAAGUCACCCUGGUUCUGGGUUGGUAGCAAGACAGCUUUGUUGGCCUGUGCCUUCUUGAGUUUGCAUUGGUUUCUUGAGAUCCCAGGGAGGAGACUCCAACUGCUUGGAAGGCCUAAGCCUGGAGUCCCAAGCCGUUGGUACACGAGAUGACGUUCUUCCAAUACUAAUUGCCUCGGCUUUUUCAUGUACAAAUCAAACACAAGCGGAAAAAAAAAAAAAAAACCAAAAAAAAAAAAAAAAAAAAAAAAACAAGGCCAGAGAAGACAGCAGACCCUGUCCCUCCUGAAGCUCCCGAGAGAGAGUCCCUGCCUGCCGGUGCCACCAGAUGACAGUCCCUCAGGAUGGCUUUCCCUCAGAUAGCCCAUGCUCCUCAUGCCGGGGCAGCUGCCCCUUAGAUCCCUGUCUGCCGUUCACCCGUCAACCAAUAGGCACACUGUCCCACCAGCCAAGUGACUGCAGCUGAACCAGACUCAGAACCAAUAGAGGGACCCCGGGAAGGCAGUGGUGUCAGGCUUCUGUUUUUAUUUUGUAAAGGUAAUGACUUCUUAUAAACUCACUUUUUCAGAUGACGGCUUAGUUGCUUUUGUCGUUUGUUUCUUCUGGGCUGCAGUUUGGAGUUGUACGUUGUAAAAUACCCAAAGAUGUUGAGUACUGUAUGAGCAAGCACUUGAAACAAAUGGGUCGUGGGGGAGGGGUGGGAUUUUUUUUGUUUGUUUGUUUGUUUUAUUCUGUUUUGUUUUGUUUAUGUUUCUGACUUCCCUGUCUAUGGGAGAACUUUGGAAUUUUUUUUCUAUUUAUAACUCUAUUUUAUGUGUGAUGCCUCUAUGUAAAAUGACACACAACAAAGUUUGCCUUAGUGAUUCAAGGGACAAUCUUCCAUAACUUUGGUCGCACGCCGCAUCCUGCCCAGAAAUGCUCAAGCUAAUUUUUCUGGCCUAUUUAUUAAACGAUAUUAA